GUAGACUCUUAGGCCUAGCUUAGGUUGGAGUGUGAUUGCUUUUGAGACACUGCAGAUGGGGACAUUGCCGAGACGAAAAGAUAUUCCACCCUGGGUAAGAGCUCCUGACGACUUGAAAGACCCAGAGGUGUUUCAGGUCCAGACACGACUCUUGGAAGCUAUAUUUGGCGUAGGUGGAUCUCGAAUCCCGUACAUUGAGCAAGUGAGCAAAGUCAUGCUUGAGCUAAAGGUUCUGGAAUCCUCGGGCCUCACCGAGAUCGUGGUUUAUGGCUCUUACUUGUACAAGCUUAGGGCCAAGUGGAUGCUCCAGUCCAUGGCUGAGCGGCACCGCCAGCGCCAGGAACGAGGGAUGCUCAAGCUUGAGGAUGCCAUGAAAGCCCUGCAUCUAGGUCCUUGGAUGAAGUGAAGCCGGUUUGCAACCAACUACCUGGAAGCAGGAUUUAGAGAGUAGACUGGCCAGAGCUAGAAUGAUCUGGCCUGGUUUAAAGUCUGCUCCAACUUGGCAAAGAAAAACCGGCUGGUUUGUGGUCUCUGCCUUUGCCCCUGAGUCCUAUCAUCGCCACCCAUGCCUCCCCCUCCACCCUCCU